ACCAUGAGUACUGCUGCUGGAGAUAAAAAUGGGUGGUCUGUUACUCCAUGUUCACAGUUUGAGGGCGUGCCUUCAAAUUAUUGGGACUGUGGUGCGCAGAAGUUGCUGGAUCUGGCAGAUGUGAGAGGCGUUGGCGAGGAGCUGGAGACAUCAGAUGCAUGAGCAGUGAUGAGUGACUUAUUAAGCCUCUUCUGACAAGCAAGCCAGGAUCGGGACUCAAGACAACUUUUAGUGCACUCUACUACUUGAGCUGUGCGUUCACUCUGCUGACUGCCCUACAACACAGAACGACAAGAUGGGGCAGCUGGCUGAUGAUGUCGCAACUUCGCCAGAAUGGAAAUCCUUGAUAACAAGUCAAGUGCUGAUCAGCCUGGCCGUGAUCUGUAUGGUGUUCCUAACCGUACGGGCUGCCCUGCAAGUAGUGGGGUCAACAAUCUGCCCAGUGGGCUUCCCUCCUGGUCCUAAACCAUUACCGUUGCUGGGGAACAUCACUGCAUUUAGUUGCAAGAAUCCCCACAUUAGCAUGCAAGAAUUGGCCAAAAAAUAUGGAGAAGUCUGUACCAUAAUGUUGGGGAGUACGCCUGUUGUGUUGGUGAGCGGCUACCAGGCAGUCAAAGAGGUCCUGGUGAAUCGAGGUCAUGAGUUUGCUGACCGACCAAUAACUCCUAUUUAUACUAAACUCACUAACAACAUUGGUAUCGUAUUAGCACCAUAUGGAGACGCAUGGAAGGAGCAGCGCAGAUUUGCUUUGUCAACAUUGCGCAAUUUCGGCUUUGGAAAGGCAACAAUAGCUGACAAAAUAAUGAUAGAAGCGACGUACCUAAUAGAAACUUUCAAACACGAAACCUCAGCGUUUGACCCUCACUUGAAUUUAAACAAUGCUGUGGGCAACAUAAUUUGCUCCCUCCUGAAUGGGAUCCGAUAUGAUUAUAACGAUGAGCAGUUCCAAAAGCUUACGUACAUAGUUGACAAUCUCGUGCAGUUACAAGCAGAUCCGCUGGCAAUACUGUGUAAUGUUUUCCCAUUUUUGCUAAAGUUGCCUGGGCCAUGGCAGAAAGUGUUCCAUUUUCGCACAAAGUUGCAAUGCUUCCUCAAGGAUAUAGUAUCUGAGCACCGUGCCACAAGAGAUCAACACAACCCCAGGGACCUGAUUGACUCAUAUCUAGCUCAGAUGGAUCAGGAGAAGGAUAAUCCCAACAGCAGCUUUACUGACCAGAACCUCAUUCAGGUAUUGAUGGAACUUUUCAUCGCUGGCAUGGAUACGACCUCCAACACACUGCGCUGGGGCCUCCUCUUCAUGAUGAUGAACCCCGACAUUCAAGCCCGAUGUCAUGAGGAGAUUGACAGAGUUGUGGGAUCCGAGCGACCGCCAUGUAUGAAGGACAGACGCAGCCUGCCCUACUUGGAUGCUGUGAUCCAUGAGAUACAGCGCUUUGGUAACGUUGUUCCACUUGGAGUUUUGCACGCUACAUCUAAAGAUGUGCAGUUCCACGACUACUUGUUUCCAAAGGGAACCCAUGUAAUGGUAAACCUCAUGUCUGCUCUUCACGAUGACAUCCACUGGAAAACACCAAAUAAGUUUAACCCUGAUCACUUCCUUGAUAAAGAUGGCCAGUGUGUCCAGUCGGAUGCUUUCCUGCCAUUCUCUGCUGGUCCCCGUGUCUGUUUGGGGGAAAGUUUAGCCAAGAUGGAGCUUUUCCUCUUCUUCACAUCUCUCUUGCAGCACUUUGAAUUUUAUUGGCCCAACUCCAGUCUCUCCUCCCACUUUAGCUGCCAAAUUCAGUACCACUCUAUCACCACACCCCUAUAAAUUAGGGCUACGCAUACGCAACUCACCGUAGCUAAGACAAAACUUUGACCUAUAUACGUCUUAAUGUGUAAAACUAAACACCUUUUGUCUUGGCUUUUUACGUAUUUUUUUGCAAAUCCUGGAAAUUUUCAUUAGACCAAGGUCCAUAGCUAAAUAUUGUAAUGUCCAGUUGCAGGAACAGUCAAUUUAAAUUUAAUGAUAUGCAGUAUAAUCCUUUGCUUCAAUAAAUAUACGUAUGUUAAGACUUUAAUACAUCUACUAUACAGUAUAAAGGAUACUUAAACUGUCGUAGUUUUUAAUAUUAAUUUUAGGUUUGAUCCCAGUCUCUCGGCUCCUGGAGUAAUGUCUCUGUCAACAUACUUACGUAAAUUCAUUACACUCCCUAUAUCCAUAUACCAGCAUAGACAUUACCUCACAGUACUCACACUUUUAAUGAUACAAUAAUACAAAAAAUAUGAAUCCCCGUCUGAUUAAAGUAACCUUACUAUUGUGAGCUCUGAAUUGAACAACAACAUAACCAUUAUCCUGUCAUCAUUCAACUGCUCACCUGCAAAGCUGACAGUUGUUAUGUUCAAGUGUGGUGGCAUUAAAAUACAUAUUGUUUGAUGUUUAAAUUUGGGGACCACUGGUUGAGAGGUGAGGCCACACUUGUGCAGCCACCGUAUAUUUUUCUUGCAGUGCAGGUUCGAGUAAUUCCUUGGAUACGUUAUGGCACAAAGGUGGCCUAGGGUAAGGUAUCAAGCAUUGUGUAAUGAUUAGCACACUGGACUUGCAAUCCACAGAACAAUGGUUAAAUGUUAUAUCAUGGCACAGUAGUGGAAGUAGUGCAGCCUAUGUCCACUCAGCAUUAUUAAUGGUUAUACCACAAUGAAGUUGAUCAGCUAGUAACGCGCGGUGGGGUGAACUGUGACUAGGCCCACCUUUUUUAGCACAUGGAAGAGUAGGCCAAAUACCCUCUGGAGCUCCCUCAAGUGUAGAGGUGUAAGCAAGCAAUUGCAGGCACACUCUUUUACUUUUUGACUGAAAAAAGGGCAAACUUACCCAGUUUUGUCAGAUAUAACAAAGGUAGAGAAUCGCCAGAUAAACCUCAAAAAGUCACCAGAUAUCGCUAUUUUAACAUUUUAAAGUUGGCAAAAAUGUCGCCAAAAAUACGUAACUUGAAUAAAUGAGUUUAACACGUAGGCUUUCGCGGCCAAGUGAAGGCUUUACCAUUCUGGCGAAUUGCCCGAUGAUGCUGCAUGUAAUUACCAGGGAAACGUCGUACUAAAAAAAUCUGUAAAUGUUGUGGAUUCACUCCUCAACACACCGGUGGACUAAAGUAGUGAACUAUUUGUCUUUCGUGAACGUGACACUUUUUUGCUGAUUUGCCGUGUCGGGUGGUGGAGGGUUACGACACAUCUAACCCAAAAACGUUUAUUUUGAAUGAAUGAAAUGACGAUUAUUCUAAUUGUUUGACUUGCAUCACACUGAGAUUUUUGCACACAGCGUUGUAAUACUUUUUUUUCUGGAAGAUUUGCUGGUUUAUCCAGGAUGUUUCUGUUGCACGUCGUCGCUUUAAGAUGUUCUCUGUUCAUACUUAGUUUGUUGCGGUUGCACCCGACUUAAGAGCCGAAUUGUUCACAGGGCUACACAAAAUAAAUGAAACUGGAACUGUCUUAAAAUGUAUUUUCAUUAUAUCAUGUGAACAUGGAUGACUUAGAUAUGAAUUAAAUAUUGUAGUUCUGCUUUAAUGGCAAUCAAAUUGGCUACCUGCACAGCUCCUCAGGCAGCUUUGAGCCAGCAGUGACUAGCUAUCAAUACCUGAAAGAUUGGGGGGCCCUUUGGCCAAUGGCCAGACGAGUUGUCAUCUCUGCAGCAUGAUGCUAAUUAAUGAUUUUGAAAUGCCAGUUUUUCUAAAUUGUCACUGAUUAUCACUGUAUAUAAGACUAUACUUUUUAAAACCGCUUUUCUUUCAUUACUGGUAACAUUGUAAACAAUGAUUAUAAGCCAUUUGCCUGUUUUUCACAUAUACGAUGUUAACAAUA